ACCUCUUCUCCUCCCUAUCCAUUAAUUACUCGCUUCGUGGUCGGAAUCCAUGGCCGCCGCCGUCGGGAACCCUAACGCGGCCGCCGCUGCGUCGAUCUCGGCGUCGAGGGUCGGUGCGGGGGCGUUGCGCGCGGGGGGCUUGAGGGUGGCGGCGGGGAGGAGGGGAGCGGGGGCUGUGGUGGCGGCGGCAAUGCGGCCGGCGAAGGCGGUGGCGUCGCCGGCGAAGGAGGCGGCCGGGGAGGUGAACGGGGCGGCGUCGGGGGGGUUCGCGAGGCCCGACGCGUUCGGGAGGUUCGGGAAGUUCGGGGGCAAGUACGUGCCCGAGACGCUGAUGCAUGCGCUCACCGAGCUCGAGGCCGCGUUCCAUGCCCUCGCCGGCGACGAAGAUUUCCAGAAAGAACUUGAUGGUAUUCUCAAGGAUUACGUCGGCCGGGAGACCCCGCUGUACUUUGCGGAGCGAUUGACUGAGCACUACAAGCGCGCUGAUGGCACAGGCCCCAUGAUUUACCUCAAGAGGGAGGAUCUUAACCACACUGGCGCCCACAAGAUCAACAAUGCUGUCGCUCAAGUCUUGCUUGCCAAGCGGCUUGGGAAGGAACGUAUCAUCGCCGAGACUGGCGCCGGCCAGCACGGUGUUGCCACUGCCACGGUGUGCGCGAGGUUUGGGCUGCAGUGCAUCAUCUACAUGGGUGCUCAGGAUAUGGAGAGGCAGGCACUUAAUGUUUUCAGGAUGAAGCUUCUUGGAGCAGAGGUGAGGGCAGUACAUUCUGGGACAGCAACUUUGAAGGAUGCCACCUCGGAGGCCAUCCGUGACUGGGUCACCAAUGUUGAGAACACUCACUACAUUUUGGGAUCAGUUGCUGGUCCGCAUCCAUACCCGAUGAUGGUGAGAGAGUUCCAUAAGGUGAUUGGCAAGGAGACCCGUAGACAGGCCAUGGAGAAGUGGGGUGGCAAGCCUGAUGUCUUGGUUGCUUGUGUUGGUGGUGGAUCAAACGCCAUGGGUCUCUUCCAUGAGUUCGUUGAUGAUCAAGAUAUAAGAAUGAUUGGAGUGGAGGCUGCUGGCUAUGGUGUAGACACUGACAAACAUGCUGCCACUUUGACAAAGGGAGAAGUGGGAGUUCUCCAUGGAUCAUUGAGCUAUGUGUUGCAGGAUGAUGAUGGACAAGUUAUUGAACCCCACUCCAUUAGUGCUGGGCUGGACUACCCUGGUGUUGGGCCUGAGCAUAGCUUUUUGAAGGAUAUUGGACGUGCUGAAUAUGACAGCGUGACAGAUCAGGAGGCACUGGAUGCUUUCAAGCGCGUCUCUCGGCUGGAGGGCAUCAUCCCUGCUCUGGAGACGUCCCAUGCGCUCGCCUACCUGGAGAAGCUCUGCCCAACGCUGCCCGACGGCGUGAGGGUGGUGGUGAACUGCAGUGGAAGAGGAGACAAGGAUGUCCACACAGCCAGCAAGUACCUUGAUGUCUGAAAAAACUCUAGAGGGGCUAAAAAAUGAUAGCUUUUCCAUGAGCAGUUUUGAAAGGGUGCAAUACAACAGCAGCAAUUGAUUAGAGCUUUGUUAUUUGGAUAAAAAAGUACCAAUAAUGCUUGGAAGUUCAUAUUAGCUACAAGAGUAUCUUUGUUUGUUUGUCUUUGUAUCUGAAUGAUGUUAUUGGCGGAGUUGGUAAAUAUAACUAAAUAAACACCAAUCUUUCUCCAUUCUAUCAGCAUAUCUUUUCAGCUUUGCUCCGUA